CCCAAAUUUUGAGUUCCCAUUAUGAUGUCAUAAGGACUUUGCAAGAUUUUUAACACUUCGAUGGGAGCAGUAGAGUGUUCAAGUAAAAUUCUAGAAGAACCUGGGGAAAGUCCUUACUCCUCAAAGGGUUAAUAUUCAUGAUUCACGUGCACAGUGAGUGGCAGGUAGAUUAUUCAUGUUCCUGGGCACGAGUUGGUGAGUCCUUUAGUUGAGUCGAUGCCGAUUGUUGUUGAAGUCCUGCUGAAGUUUCCUUUUAUCCUAUGUGCGCAAAUGACCAAAAUGUAAGUAAUCCUGACGAAAUAUUGAAUAUCUAGCCUUUUUUUCCGUGUAUGUGAUGUGUGAGAUGAUAGAAGUUUUAGAGAUCGUUUUUUGUCUACUCAUUUCCAGCUAAGUUACCUUGAGUUUAGCUUGACUUUACUGCAGAUUUACGGUGCUAUUUGCUUCCUAUGUAUGUGUGGAGUCAUUUCGAGUGCAGUGUGUCAUAAAUCUGCCCUUUAUUAGACAUUGUAGGCUUAUAAUCUUGAUGCAGACGUUCGUUGGAUUUUGUAUUCAUUUAAAGUGAAGAUGCUGGAACUUUCCAUAGCUGUCAGCAACCUGUUUUACCGCUAGUUGCCUAUAGAGAGCGAUCUUCCUCCAUAUUUGUCAUGUGUCCUGUAUCUGUGUGUUAGUGCACCAGUAUAGUUUUAACUGGAAGGUAUUUUCCUGUCCCCUUUUUCCCUAUAGACCACACACACACACAUGCCUUUGUUACCUUCAUAAUGUAAAUAAUUGGAAACCUACUGAAGAAUAUUUUAUUUGGAAUUGCAUUCAAUUGUACCCUGGUGCUUUGCUGUGCUGCAUUGUAUUACCUUAUAUUGAAGAAAAGGCCAGUAAAUUCCUUUUAUUCCACAUUGAUGUCCACACACCAAGGAGACACGCACAUAUUUUCCAAUUUUCCUAAUACAGUCCACCCAUUAGUUCCUGAGCUAUGCCCGUUGUAAUAGCUCGUGCCUAGCUGGAUCGACGCCGCGUGAGGAGCGGACAUGCUUUGUUUUGUCAGCGAACACACAUGGUGGUGGUCAGCUAAUGUCUCCAGAUUCAGCUCUCAGUCAGAUGGAGUAGCAGCAGCUAUCACUGUAGACCAAACAAGAACAUUGCUUGUGUGAUUGUGCAUCAAAGGAAAACAUUAAAUGCAAAAUUCCAAAUCGCAUAGGCAUGAACCCAUUGAACUGUGCAACUGUGCAACCCAUUGAACCCUACAAAAUGUUAAUGUGUAGAGUAAAAUGGUACAGGUUAAGGGCAUUAAAGAUCCAUUUUGUCAAAUUAAUUGAACAGGCUAAUGGCUAAAACGGAAUAAAAAAAGGUUUUUGAAGGUUGAAUUUGUGUUGAAAUAAUGUUCAGAUUGUCCUCAUGCACUUAGUACACUAGCACAGAGUAAUUUAAUCAUCUGAUGCAUGUCCUUAUCUUGUCCCCUCCCCCUUCCCCCUUCUUUUUCUAGCUGUUCGUGCAAGAGCAUUUUUAAGUGAACCUGGUGCACGUGGCAUUCAAGACAGCAAAGUUUAAGAGCAUCACAUGGACCCAAGUGGUUGAACAGCACAGAAAACAUUGUUUGAGCAGAGAAAGUGUGAUUCAAAGCAGAUGAUUUUAACAGCACCACGAGACAAACAGUUCAGCGGCACAGAGAACAGUGUUCAUGCUACAUCAUUUGUAAGUGAACUUGGCGCACGUGGCAUUCAACACAGCUGAGUGGGAUACCAAGCAUAAAACGGCACAGAAAAUAGUACUGAAGACAAGAUCCUUCUCAAGCGAAAUUGGUGCACGUUGGAUUCAAAGUGGGUGACAUCGUAGUAGACAAUCAACUCAGCAGCACAGAGAGCAGUAAGUUUUGCAUUCAAAAUGUUCAUGUGGGUAUGAAUUGAACACAGUGCCUAAUUACAUGGGUCUGAUGCAUGUGUCUGUGUCCAUGUUCUUCUUUCCUUAGGUGUUACCCAAUGAUAUGGCGGUGUAAACUAUGUAGAUUUUCUUCCGAUAGAAAAGGUUGGCAAAGAUGGAAGCACAACUAAGAGUGUUAAUAGAUGACAGAAUUGAAAAGCUAAUCCUUCCUUCAGGACUGCCAGAUACAGUAGACGAUCUGAAAGAUGUGAUAAAAGUGAGCUUUGGAAUUCCUGAUGAAUGUUAUCUCCUCUAUUUGGACUCUGACUUUGGGGAUUUUUUCACCCUCCAUAGAUGUGACCAAAUCAAAAACAAGGACACUAUCAAGGUUGUUAAAGCUACCCCUGUUGUUCUGGACCUGUUUCCAGUUGAGGAGCCUUUGGCUAGUUCUGUUAGUGGUCCAUCUGUUGACUGGGAGUCUACCGAUAUGGUGGGGUUAGGCACUUCUGCCUUCAAUACUCCUGCUGCUGAGUCAUCUGCUGCAUCUCUGUCUUCUGAGGCAUCAACUGUUAUUCUCCCCCCGAGAAGUCCCACAGAACGUUUCCAGCGUUGGCCAAAUCCAUUCCCCAUUCCAACAUUUGCGUAUGAAACUGAGAUUUGUCUGCAGAGAGCCGCUGAAGAAUUUCAGAGAACUGGAGCUCGGCUUAAACCUUCAAAGGUCAAAGCAGACAUUGUUGAAAAGCUGUCCAAAAGCAUAUAUGCAUAUGUUGCUUAUCCAUCAGGUGCCCAAAUCAGCGACGUUGCUGAGGCACUUUGCACUAAAUAUCCCUUUCUCAAAGAGCCCGGUUCUUUCUCUGGUUUCUAUGGAUGGCAGCAAAGGCUGAGGUGGAAAAUGUCCAACUAUCGCACUAAGCUCAGAGCAUACGGCGUCCCUGAAGUAAUGUGCAAUUCCCUCAGGCGCAAAAGCCCUGCAAACCAGAAAUCUGCAAAGAACGUCAAAAAGCCUAAAAGGGCUGAGGUAAACUACCUCCCUCCAUACCCAGCAGGAGAAACGGAGGAAAGUCUGGAGCAGGAGCGGAUUCAGCUACUGACUGAGAUCCAAAAAAGGGACAACAACAAAGUGAUAAAGGAAAUCAUGUGCAACACAUUUGCACACCGAAGAAAUGAAAUCGUAAACCAAAUGCCCAGCAUUGAGGAAUUCCAUGCCAGAUGGCCUGCACUAUUUGAAGCAUCCCAAAUCGAAGAGGAGUUUCACCGAAUUACAACCGUGCACCUUGAAGCUAAAUUUAUGGCCAAGCUAGAUGAAUACACUCCCAGGCUCAUGACAAUCUUUCAGGCCAAGGGUGGCGCCAUGGGAUUGAGGCUGCAGGCCAUUCUCCUCAAGGCCCCAACCAAUCCUGAUGUCAACUUGAUGCGGGACCUCAUCAUCCAGUGCUUGAUGGUAUACCUUGGGGAGUCCCCGAAUGAUCUCUUGAAAGAGUUUGAUGACGCUGAUGAAGAACGGAUGUCCGAGGACCUUGCUGCUCAAAAAAUGAAGAUCUACAGCAUCAUGUCCAGCUCAGCAGAGGGGCCGAGCGAUGUUGGUGUCGUCAUUGAGGGAGUGAAAGUUCUCACCACUCUGGGUACCUUUGCCAGGGCUUGCUGCAUGCUCCUUGGGCUGACUUAUGCACUAAAUCUGGCCUACCCUAAGGAGCUCAGAUAUACAUUUGAAAUCUUCCAGACACUCCUUCUGGAGCUGGACUGUUCAAAGCAGUCCCCAAAGCUGCACACUUUGAGGAGUAAGUUGUUGGACUAAGGAAAUGCCGAACUGGACACUUGAGCUGAGGCGGUGCGAUGGACACUUGACUUCAGUUUUUCAGAACUUAAUGACUUAAAGAUUUACCUUUUAAUUUCUCCAAACACUACUUUUUCAAACAGGUUGACACACGCACUAAAAAAGUCAAAAUGUGUUACGCCAUCAUCGGUUGAUUUGUUGAUAUCUGAUGUGUCUGUAGAUGUGUUUGAAGCUGUGAACGAAACAUUAACAGUUAUAUCUACUGUGCCGUUAAGCAAACUUAUGCUAAGACCGUGCGAUGGACACUUGAGCUGAGGCACUGCGAUGGACACUUAAGCUGAGACACUCUGACUGCUGUGUUUCCGCCUCGAAGAAAAGUGUUCAUUAGUCUUCAUCAGUCUUCAUUAACAUCAACACAUCUAGCGUCUAUUUGUUAAGUUGAUAAUAGCAAACACUUCGCAUACAAAACAGUUUUGGAACAACUUUUGAAAUAUAUUGCCACUUUAGAACAAAAAGCCAUUUUCAUUUCAAGUUUUGGAAAACGUACAAGGGUUACAAAGUAAUGCUGUAUGUAUUCAUGUCAAUGAAGACUGAAACUUUGACAAAUUUCCCAUUACCCAAUACAAGUUACAGCUGUUACUUUGGUGUUCUUUGAAGUCCUAAGUGUGUAGUACAAUUCAAAAUCAACAACAUAAAGGAUUAUAGAUUAGAAAUAUAAUCGAGUCCACAUUUAAGUCUGAUCAACUUGUUGUUGACCAGAGCAUUAUCACUGAUUUAGCAGAACAGCUAUGCAACCUCCAUCCUCUUAGUAAAGCAUUUGGUGAAAGCGGUCAACUUGGCUCGACUUUUAAGAGAAGAAAGUAUUUUAAGGAUCAUUUCCAAUGUGUUGGUAGUGUGAAAUAUAUAUUCUUGAUUCUCGCAAGUGCAAAACAUUUCAAUAAGUGCCCAUUCUUGAGACUUUAGAGAAACUAUUGGAAAAUGAAGGUAUUGCAGAGGAAAUCAUAUUGAGGAAUUCCAACAGUAGUCAAUACAUUAAGUCAAAUUCUACAAGCAGAGUAACUGGAGAUGAAUUACGCCUAUCUAUAAUCCUUUAUGUGGAACUUGGGACUUGAUAAAAAAAAACUGAGUAACAGCUGUAUAUUGGGUACUGGGAAAUUUAUCAAAGUCAUUUUAGAACAAAAAGGUAUUUUCAUUUCGAGUUUUGUAAAACAUAUAAGGGGGAUGUCAGAUGUGCUGCAUGACCUUUUUGAAGACAUAAUUCCAAGGGAAUUCUUUUUUUCCCCCACAGAUAUUUGCAAAGAAUAAGUACUCCAGUUUUUCUGAACUUUAAGAUUUACCUUUUAUUUUUUGGCCAGACACUGCUUUUUCAAGGUUGUUUGACACACAAAAAGUGUUAUGCCAUCAUUGGUUGAUUUGAUGUAGCAAGGCUCAUCACUGUCAUGCACAUGUUAGAAAAUCCCUGUUCUGUAUCAAAAUUAUCUGACAUGUCUGUAGAUGUGUUUGAAGCUGUGAACAAAGCAUUAAGUUUUAUCUACUGUGCCGUUAGCAAACUUAUGCUAAGACCGUGCGAUGGACACUUGAGCUGAGACAGUGCAAUGGACACGAGCUGAGGUAGUGCAAUGGACACGAGCUGAGGUAGUGCAAUGGACACUUGAGCUGAGGUAGUGCAAUGGACACUUGAGCUGAGGUAGUGCAAUGGACACUUGAGCUGAGACAGUGCAAUGGACACUUGAGCUGAGACAGUGCAAUGGACACGAGCUGAGGUAGUGCAAUGGACACUUGAGCUGAGGUAGUGCAAUGGACACUUGAGCUGAGGCAGUGCAAUGGACACUUGAGCUGAGGCAGUGCAAUGGACACUUGAGCUGAGGUGCAAGUUCUUUACUUCUUUAUUAGAGAUGCUCUGAUGCCUCCUCUUACAGGUCUUGUUUGCUCAAACUCUGUUUCUCUCGCUCGCUUACUCGCUCGCACUCUCGCUCUCACACACACACACGCUUGUGUAAUUGCAGGUACACAGUGAGGUCAUUACUUCAUUAGAGCCUUUCAGGUGACUCUUUACACAGAUCUCGCUCACUCGUACUCUUUACACUCUUUACUCUCUCACUCUUUACUCUCACGCUCUCUACACACACACCAUAGGUAUACCUAUGUAUAUACAGUGGGCAGACUGUACAACAGCUAUACACCCUACCUCAUCCCACCAUUUUUGUUUCCUUGUUUGUCUUGUGACCAGGUUCUUUGUUUUGUUAUAUUUCCUAUGAACGUUCUCUCUGAAAAGUUGUCUCAAAGUUAAUACCUCAGGAUGCCCCCUUAAGUUUUUUGUUUGUUUUUACAUUAUUUUUCUUUUUUUACAUAAACAUCGCACACGGUGCAUUCCUCUAAAACUUUGUUGUAUUUUGUGCAAAUGUGCACAAAUGAAUAUGCAUUUUUUUCUGUUGAGCAACCCAUUUUAAUGUUGCUAAAUUGAAGGGGGAAAGACAAAUAAAUGUUAUCUAAUUUCCUACUACUUUUGUGCAUGGUAGUCUCCUUUAGCAAAUAAAACUAGCAAAUAUAAUGUAAAUAAUAUAAGGAGAAAG